AUGGCAGCUCUCUCUGGCACCAUGGUGAGCACCUCCUUCAUCCGCGGCCAGCCGAUGACCAGCCUACGGUUAGCCCCCAACAUGGGCCAGGCUCUUUUCGGGUUGAAGGCCAACCGUGGAGGGCGUGUGACAAUGGCUGCUUUCAAGGUGAAGCUGCUGACACCAGAAGGGCCCCUAGAGUUUGAGUGCCCGGAUGAUGUUUACAUUCUUGACGCCGCGGAGGAGGCCGGUAUCGACCUACCGUACUCUUGCAGGGCUGGUUCUUGCUCUUCAUGUGCUGGCAAAGUUGUGGAAGGGGGUGUGGACCAGUCAGAUCAGAGCUUCCUUGAUGAUGAACAGAUUGAUGGUGGAUUUGUCCUUACUUGUGUGGCUUAUCCUUCAUCUGAUGUUGUGCUUGAGACCCACAAGGAAGAGGAGCUCACUGGUUAA